UUCUUAAAAUACAGCUGCUUUUCCAAUUGUCUGAAGCUGCCUGCAUGUCAGAGCUGAUGUCAGCCAACUGAGCGCCCAGGCAGAUGGUUGCUGCUCUAAAGAGGAUUUAAUAAUCAGACAGGAAGAGGUGCAUUGGCACGUGGUGGGGACUACACUUCCCGAGAUGCUCUGCUGUGGCCUUGCCUCCCUUUGGUAGAAACCCAGGCUUUAUCAAGAGCUGGAGGGACCAACUGCCAGCUCUCAGUGGGGACAAGCAGCCAUGAGGUGCAGGAUAAGGACCACCAAGUGCCAGCUACUGGCCACCAGCCUCUGUGUCAUGCUACUGGGGCUGUCCAUUGCCACGCUGAGCACAGUCACCCACUAUGGGCUCCAUUUCACCCUCUUCAGUGACAUCUCCCUGGAGAGCAACUCCUACAGGGUCAUCCACUACACAGCUUUCUACUUUGGCAUCUGCCUCAGCAUGACCCUGAUCCUCGCAGCCCUGCUGAGCUCUGCUGCCACAGUGCGGGAAUCACAGUGCCUCAUCGCCAUGGGAUUUUUCUGUUUUGCUCUGGCCUUUUGUGGAUUGAUCCCAGCUGCCUUCUGGAGAUACAUGCACAGCAUGGAGGUGGAAGACAGCAUGAUGGAUGUGUAUGAUCUUGUGUACGAGGAGGUGAGGAGAAAUGUCUCCAGCUUCAGGAGGCACGAGCUGACAGCCAUCCACGAAGCAUUCCUGUGCUGUGGGAAGCACUCUCCAUUUGGGGGCACAACCAACGUCGAGCACAACAUGUGUCCACCUGGCCAGGCACACAAUAUGGGACAGGACUGCCUGCAAGAGAUCCAGGACUUCCUGAAGAAGCAUAUGGACUUUGUUUCCGUGCUCCUGUGUGUCACCAUCGGCUUCACGGUUUAUGGGAUGAUCCUGACUUCAUUCCUCUGGUUCUCCAUCCAUUUCAGCAGCAACCUGGACCGGAAAGGCAAAUACAUCCUGCGAGAAAGGUAGAAACACAGCACUUGGGCAACCUUCCCAGGCAGAGCCAGCUCUUGAUGCAGGAAGAUGUCUGAAGUCACCUACAAAAUCCCUCAGGAAGGCAUUGUGUGGGGGCAGGCAGUGAGACACGUCACGUUUUUCCCCUUCCUGCACUACAAGCUGUUGUUCAUUUCCAAGCUGGUCAGAGUGGAUGAUGCUCUGUGGAGGAGCAGUCCCACACUUUUGCCAAAAAUGUACAAGGACUGACAUACCUGGGCUCAGAGAUGCAUAUUGCCUUGCCAGGGGAUGUAUGGGCUGCAGCUCCACAGCCUCUUAGGACAAAAACAGAGAGAAAAGCCCAGCAAAAAUCACAGCAUUGAAUCAAACUUCUUUUACACUGGCAUCUGAGCAGUUCCCUGUGACAGCCAAAGAUGUCAGGUUUCUAGGAAGAUGGCUUUGGAUUACAGCCAGGGACCGAUCCUGUGCUAUCAGCAAAUACAUGGACACCAGGUAUGUCAUCGCUGAUGACAAAUGUGCUCUCCUAGCCUGGACACUCGUAAUGAUUGACUUGGGGUACGUUUCUGAUAAUGCUCGAGUAUGUAGACAGCCAACAAUCAUCAACUGUUUUCCCCCUGCUUUCAAGGGAAAUCUGAAAUCAGGAAAAAAAAUCAGAAAUCAGUGCGUGAAACAAAUGACCAGCAUAAUGACAUAUCCCUCUGUUAUUCUUCCUUGCUCAUGUAACACACCGUUCUUUUUUAAUUCUUAGGAUUUAGUCAGCCUCCAAGACCUUGAUGCCACACUGAUUUCACAAUGGCUUGCUCAACUUCCAGCCUUAGCACUGUGUUUACUUAGCUUCGCUAACCCACUGUACUGCUGUGCAAUAGAAAAGGACUUUGAUAUUACAUAUACACGCAGGACUGAAGUUUAAAUCUAUAAGAGAACAGGAUUGACCUCCAGCCAGGUCAAACAAUACAAUGUCCAACUCCACGUCCUCUUUACAUUAGUUUAUCAAUAACAAUAAACAGAAAUUUAAAAAGUCUCAAUCAAUUGAAGAAGUCAGCUCUCAGUCUAGCUAGUGUGUUCUGCCCUUGUUGCAAGGAGGCAGAGCCACUUCUGAGCUGAAAUUCGUCAUUGCAACAGAUCUACUGCUGGAAAACGUGCUGCAGACAAUGUGGCCAUGUGAAAUGUCUGUUGAACCAACAACAGCUUUCAGCCUUCUCCUUCCUUGUUGCUUUUAGCCGUGAAAAACAAUAUGUAGCAAUUUUUUAUUGACAUAAAUGUGGAAACCCCUAUGCUGAUGUUCAGGAUGGGUCUUGGCCCUCAGGCAGGGGCUGCUAAAUGUACAAGAACAGCAGUACAGCCUACAGCACCUGCUUAGCAUUUUAACAUGGCUUCAGAUAUCUUGCAUUGGAAAGAAUUGCGGCAGUGGUGGUAGGGAAGUGUUAUCGCUCCUCAUGUGGCUCCCUUGGAACCAGUGGAGCUUCACCAUUAACUUCACUGGAAGCAGAGUCAAGUUCAAACUGCUGCAGAGUACUACUCAAGCUACCUCCUGCCAGUCACCAACAUGCCUUGGUCUAGCAGGGAUUUAGUGAUUAUAUGCACUUGCCAACAUAUCAAUCUACCAAGUGUGAGGAAAGAUUCACUUAUAUGUACAUAUGUACUAUUAAGUAUAUUGCUUUCUGGAGAGAGACAAUCUCGCUUGUGAGCUCCAGCUGCUAUUGUCCAGGCCACUGCUAUUGUUUUUCCUCAGGACAGCUGGCAGCUCGUGUGACUCAUGGUUGCUUCAAUAAAGAUUAAUUUCUUGCAAAAGGCCAUCAUUCCUUUUCUUUCUCUGCCACACAUGUGGCUGCCUGCAUUGCUCAGGGGGUUGCGUCAUGGAGAGCCCUCAGUAAUUCUUUAUGUGCUGGGAAGAGAUAUUCCCCAGGCAGCUGGUGCUUGCCUGCCCCAGCAGCAUGCCUUAGCACUCAAGAGGGAGAGGAUGGCAUUGGUCCUUUUCAGGAAAAGGAGCCACUCAUCAGCCUCAUUCUACCCUCAUCCAGCUGCUGGGGCAGCGGGCAUACACCUCAUGAGGAGUAAUGCAAGCAGCGGCAGAAAAAGGCUUAAGGACACUAUUAAGCAAUAGAGACCGGAGUAUUCACAUGAAAGACAUCUUUAUGGUUUCACUUUUUUAAACACUAGAUAGUCAGAUCUUGACCAUGCUCUAUGUUGGCUGGACAACUGGUGGUCUUCUGCAAGGUCAAAAAACAUUGGAAACGGAGCCAGUCAGUGGAGUCUAUAUUAUUGGUGUGCGUUACCUGCUUAAGCGUCAUCAACUAGUAGAAAAGCCUCUCUUAAAGCUUUGCCACCUGGACUGCUAAAGCUUUCGGUGUUCCUCUUUCUCUGGUCAAUUUUUGAUGUAAAGCAAUGAUUAUGGACAGGAGUAGCAUGCAUAUGAUUAAAAAAAAACCUGGAAGGCUGUAAUUUCUCCCUUCUUCAACUCUUGUUCCCUUUGAAUCCCUUGUGAUCACUGCAACUUCGACAGGAUACCCAGGCACCUUUCAAGCACUGGCCAUAUAGGUGUGUGUAGCUGCUGUUUAUACACCUCUGUAAUGAUUUCUGCUGCUU